AUGGUGAGCUUAAGAGGUGUUGCAAUAACGGGUCCUUUAGGCAAGCAAACGUUCAGUCCUCUCUGCAUAGGAAAAUCCCCAUUCUUAUAUUACAUACAGUUUCAAUCCCCAAUUCGACUAUCAUGCGUUCGUCUCAGCCAGCGAGCUGAAUUAGAAGAAGCGAUAGCGAUGAACUGCAUAGCCACUGAACUGAUAAUCGCAGUCCUCUUUCUAAAUGAGGAUUAUCGUGCUUGCUGCCUACUGGGUAAUGGUGAUAAACUGGGUAAUGGUGAUCUUGACACAGGACUACAAAUCUGUGCCGAGUUUCGGAAUGUCAACAUGGGUUCCGUCUAUUGA